GCAGUUCACAAUGGUUGUUCAAUUGGAGGCGCAAAAGGGAUUCAAAAUGACGGUUAAGAAAAUGAUCAAAGGAGCAAGUGAUGAAAAAGAUGAAAGACUUUUGACCUGGGGAGAUUUGGUGAACAACCUUACUGAAAAUACUGUACCUCGUAUGAGUAAAGCUAACUCUGUCGGAAAAAAGGUUUUCUGGAUUAUUGUAUUGCUCUUUGGACUUGGCAUGUUAACUUAUCAAGUUACUGACAGAUUUAUUAAAUACUUUAACUAUCCUACUGUAACUGAAGUUGAGGUUCCAUUGGCUACUGAAUUACCCUAUCCUACUAUUACUUUUUGCAACUUGAAUCCAAUGAGAAGAUCGAAACUUACGGAAGCUGGUAUUGGAAUAACUAGUCUUUGCGGCAGUGGUCAAAGUUAUCAAAAUAGCGAUUGGUCUAGUGUUAAUGAAUCUGAUGAUAAACAUUAUUUAAACUGGUCCCUCAUGGAAUUGAAAAAUAAAUACUAUGACGAGAAAACUGCAUCAGCCUAUAAAGCUGAUAAAUUUCAAAUGCUUUAUUCUACGAUAAGCCUUGAAAAACGACGGGAACUUGGUCAUCAAUUAGACAGAAUGCUAAUUGGUUGCGAAUUUAACGGACGGCCUUGUUCACCAAAAAAUUUUACGGCACUUCUUAAUCCAAUUUAUGGAAAUUGUUAUAGUUUCAACGCUGAUGGCAAACUAAAGUCAUCUCAAUCUGGUCCAAGAUUCGGUUUGAAAGCCAGAGUAUUUCUGGAACAGAAUGAAUACGUCGAUAAUUUAUCAGACAAUGUUGGUAUUAAGGUUGUUGUUCAUAACCACACGGAUAUGCCAUUUCCCGAUGAGGAAGGGUAUGGUAUUGCCCCUGGUCAUAAAUCUGGAAUAGCUCUUUAUAGGAAUGAUAGACAUUUAUAUCACGCCCCUUACGGUGAUUGCGAAAUUGUUUCAGAAGAGAAAAAUAGACUUAUAAACGGAUAUAAUAAUCUUAUGAAUACUUCGUCUUAUUCAAAAUUGGCUUGUACAAAAACUUGUUUGCAGAAGCAUAUUAUCGCAGCCUGUAACUGCAGUAAUUAUAAGUAUCCUUCAACUGGGCCAGCUUUUGAAAACUUUGGAAAUUUUAGUAUGUGUGACGUAGAAUCUAACGCUACUGAUGCUAUAUGUUUGAAAGCGGUUGAAAGAAAAUUUUUUGAUGGAUUAUUGAAUUGUACCAAAUCAUCUGUUUGUCCACCAAAAUGCCAGAAUAGUGAAUACAAAGCAACCAUCUGGGAGACACAGUGGCCAUCUGCUGGAAACGAAAUGAAAAUUGCAUGGGACGUUGCAAUAUGGGAUAAAAAAAUUAUGAGAGAAAUUAAGAUGUUAAGCAGAUCUGGAAAAACUGAAUAUUUAAGGAAAAAUGUUUUGGAAUUUGAAGUAUAUUUUCAAACAAUGAAGAUUCAUAUAAUUUCAACAAAACCUGCCUAUUCAAUUCCCGAUCUUCUCUCUGAUCUUGGGGGACAGAUCGGUUUAUGGAUGGGAUUGAGUAUUAUAACUGUAUUUGAAAUUGGCGAAGUUGCACUAGAUGCCUUGAAAGUUAUAUUAAAGAGAAGAAAGAGUGUUGGUGUUGCAAAGACCACUGAAACGAAGAUAAAAAAAUUGGCGUUUAUUGGUAGCGAAAAUAAGGGAAAAGAAAUGAUGAAUAGUAAAAGCGAACUUCAUCCAAGUGACGAUCAGAAAUUACUUUGGGGUGAUGUUGUUGUUAAUCUCACUGAGAAUACAAUACCGAGAAUGAGUAAAGCGAAGUCAAUUAAAAGAAAGUUGUUCUGGCUUGUGAUAUUGUUUUUCGGCUUAGCAAUGCUGUGUUGGCAAGUCACAGAUAGAUUCACAAAAUAUUACAACUAUCCAACAAUGACAAAUAUAAAAGUUCCUCUGGCACGUAAGCUCCCUUUUCCAACUAUCACUUUUUGCAAUGAAAAUCCAAUAAGAAAGUCAAUGCUUCACGAAGCAGGAGAAGAAAUUCAACGAUUAGUGGAAAAUGGAUUGAAUUAUCAGAAUAUUAAUUGGGAAAAGAUAAAUGAAAGUGACUCUUCUGUUAUUAUGCUUUGGUCUGGAAUGGAGGCAAUGCCAAAUUAUUUUCAAAAUAGUAAUAAACUAACGGAAAAGAGAGAUAAAUUUCAAAAACUCUUUUCUAAAUUAAGUCUUGAAAAGAGAAUUAAAUUGGGUCAUCGACUUGAAAAACUUUUAAUUGGCUGCGAAUAUAAUGGACGCCAAUGUUCACCAAAGAAUUUUACAGUUUCCAGUAAUCCAAAAUAUGGUAAUUGUUUUACAUUUAAUCCUGACGGCAAACUUGAAGCAACUCAAUCUGGAUCAAGAUUCGGACUAAAGACCAGAAUUUUUCUUCAACAAGAGGAAUAUAUCGACAGUCUUUCAAAUAAUGUUGGGCUAAAAGUCGUUGUUCAUGAUUAUAACGAUGUUCCAUUCCCGGAAGAGGAAGGAUUUGGUAUUGCACCUGGAAAAGUCAACGAAGUUGGUUUAUUUAGGAGAGAGCGAAUUCUAUCAAAACCGCCGUAUGGAGAUUGUCGCGAUAUGUCGGCAGAAGAUGAAAAGCUAAGCGCUUACAAACUUGUAUCCGGGUCUUUUUCAUAUAAUAAGUUGGCUUGUACAAAAACGUGUUUACAAAAGGAAAUAAUUUCGAAAUGUAAAUGUGCAAAUUAUAAAUAUCCAACUUCCGGUAAAGCGUUUAAUAAUAUGGGAAAAUUUCAUAGUUGUGAUGUAAAUCCAUCUAGCACAGAAGGAUCAUGUUUAAGAAAUGUUGAACGAGAUUAUUUGGAUGGAAAGCUUAAUUGUACAAGAUCGGAUGUUUGCCCACCAAAAUGCCACAACAUUUAUUAUAAAACAACUUUAUCUGGAACACAAUGGCCAUCUAUUGGGCAUGAAGAGACUGUCGCCUGGAAUGUUGCGCUAUGGGAUCAAGCGGCGUUAGUUAAAUUUAAGAGAAUGAAUAAUUUGGAGAAAAAUCAAUAUAUGAGUAAAAAUGCAAUGGAAUUUGAAAUAUUUCUACAAUCAAUGAAAUAUCAAGUCAUCGAAACUACUCCAGCUUAUACUCCUAUUGAUCUACUAUCGGAUUUAGGUGGUCAAAUUGGUCUUUGGAUGGGUUUAAGUAUAAUAACAGUAUUUGAAAUUGGUGAAGUAAUAAUGGAUACAAUUCAAGUGUUACUAAGAAAAAGAAAAGCUGUUCAGGAGAAGGGUAACGAAUAA